UCUGUUCGACAGGAACCUAUUUUACCAGUACGUUCAACCUAUCAACCAGAGAAAGUACCGGACAUCGUCUCACUACAAAAGACCGCUUCCAAAGAGGAAGAGGAAGAGGAGAUAGUACGUUCGAGUUAUCAGCCAGAAAAAAUACCUGACAUUGCUGCACUCCAAAAAACAGCUCCGAAGGAUGAUAUAAAGCCUGUGGUGAGUAAGAAAUUUGUUUUUGUUCAACAUAUUUACAAUCACGGUGCUCAAAAUUUUGUUGUGUUGAACCUCAAGAGUUCCGUAUAUAAGCCCGUUCAACUUCCGAAGCCAAAAAAGCUGGGCACUCGUGCAACGUGGAUCACGGAAGAGAACAAUCCUCCCACCUCAGGUAUAGAUGCUCGUCGUGAAAGGGAAGAGCGUGAGAAGAAAGAACGUGAAAGAGAGGAACGUGAAAGGAAAGAGCGUGAAAAGAAAGAACGUGAAAGAGCAGAACGUGAAAGAGCAGAACGCGAAAGAAUUGAACAAGAAGAUGAUGAACGCAGAGAGCAAGAGAGAUUUGAGCAAGAGGAGUACGAACACGAGGAAAGUGAAAGAGUGGAGCGUGAAAGGUCACAACGAUUGAGGGAACAGAAGGAAGCAGACAAUC